AUGAUAAUGGCUCAUAUUUUGAACUGCAUCUUGGUUGUGUUAAUCAUUGGUACAAGUAUUGUUAAUGCGGGAGUAACAGCGACACUACCCGGUGGUUCGAAUUCAUAUGCGAAAGAUGCAGUAGUCCAAUACAACCAAAUUCUUGUUCCGGAUGCUAAUUAUAAUGCUGGAAAAUAUAAAGCUACCGUGGCUGGUAAUUACUUGGUGUCUGUUACCAUGAUGUCAGGUACUGUUGCCGCUCACACGACUCUAAGGAAGAAUGGACCUAUUUAUGUGUGGCUAUAUACUGGUAACAGAUAUGAUAUGGCAACCCAAACUGUCUGCAUGCAACUAGCAGUGGAUGAUGAGAUUUGGGUACAGAUGACCAACGCGGCAUCGAUUCUCUUUGAUGUUUAUAAUACUUUCACUGUAGUUAAGUUACCUUGA